AUGGCGACUUUCAAACCAGAAGAAACCACGACAAUCACCGCUUCUUCUCGGGCUUCAGACACUUCAACCCCACCCCCAGAGAAGUCUGAAGCUACUCAGCCCGUAGACCUCGAGCGUCUCGGAGAGCAACAUGGAUACGCUCUGGACGAGACGGUCCUCAAGCAGCAGCUCGGUCUGCCAGCAGAUGCAGUACUGAAGAAAGACUCGACUGGUCGCGUCCUCAUCCCUCAGCCAUCAGAUGAUCCGCGUGACCCCCUGAACUGGUCAGUCUUGCAGAAACGACUAGUCCUGGUGAUGCUCGCUGUUGCCUCGUUCACUUGUGACUACUCGGCCGCGACCGGUGCAUCAGCACUGCUUGCACAGGCAGCACAAUGGCACAUCACACCUGAUACCGUCAAUCAUGCGACAGCCGGUAACACAUUCAUGUUGGGCGUUGGUGGUAUCGCGACUGUCUGGUUAAGUGCAUAUCUUGGCCGACUUCCUAUCCUUACAUGGUUCACUGUCAUUGCGGCUGCCACUGCCAUAUGGUCAGCUGCUGCCGGAACUUUCGAGAGCUACAUGGCUAGCCGAAUCCUGAAUGGCUUCUUCGUCGUUGCAGCGGCAGGAGGUGGUCUCAUGUGGAUCAACGAUGCAUUCUUCUUCCACGAACGUCCACGAGUCAUCAAUGUCUGGUCAACCGCUAUCAUUCUGUCGCCUUUCUUGGGUCCUCAAUUCAUGGCUGCAGUCCUUCAGGUCGCGUCGUGGCGCGUGGGCAUGUAUCUCAACUUUGGCAUCAUAAUGACUUCUUUGGUUACGAUUGUCCUCAUCGGGCAGGAGACGUUCUAUCCUCGACACAAGCGCAGCUCUGAAAUUGCGGACCUCAAAUCUUAUCCUCGUUGGCAAAGAUUGACUGGGUUGGCGCAAAGCAAAACAAGAUUCACCGGUAAUACUCUCCUCGGCGCAGGCUCCCGAACUGCUCUUACUGCCACGCGUUUGCCGGUCAUUCUAAUCUGUCUCUUCUACUUCUUCGACUUCGGCUGGACAAUAGGCAAUAACACCACCAUCGCUGUCAUACUCGUGCCUGCCUACAAGUUGGAUUACUAUGGUCUUGCCGCUAUUUAUACUAGUCCAGUCAUCGGAGCUCUACUUGCAGUGCCAGUCGGCUACUUCAUGUUCGAUUUCAUUGGUGCACUAUACGCGAAGCGACACAACGGCGUCAUCUCGCCUGAAGCACGUCUGAUCCCAAUCUGGCUCGUUCUGCCCCUGAAGAUUGCUGGUUAUAACAUGAUCGGCAUUACAAUGGGUCGUCAUCUCAAUAUCUGGAUCCUCAUCAUUGGCUGGGGUAUGCACAACCUAGCCACUGUGUUGACUACAUCUGCUGUCGGCGCCUACCUCAUUGACUGCUAUCCAGAGGCCUCUGGCGAGUCGGCAGCGUGGCUCAAUUUUGCUCGCACUAUUGCUGGCUUCGCAAUCGGGUAUUUUCAGAUUCACUGGGCUCAUACGAGUGGUCCGGAGCUGGAAUAUGGUAUACAGACGGCAAUCAUGGGUGCGGCGUUUGUGCUGCUGGUUGUGCCAUUGACAUUUUUCGGCUCGAAGAUCAGGGGCAUGCAGGCCCCGCUGAAGUUCAAGACCAACUGA